UAAAAGGAACAGCUCUAGCUUCCCCCUCACCGACUUGACCAAACUCGUACGUACGCACUGGAUCUAUUCGUCUGAAAAAACUACAUCAUUUUCUGCUGUACAAAUUUUACCCUCAAAAUAAGCGUGAUCUUCGUUUGCACAUAUCUUUCACAAUAUAUAUACAAACAUACACGGGAGCUUGAUCACCCAUAUCAGUAUAUCACAACCCAACAAAACAGAAAAAAAAAUCUAUGGGAACUCUCUACCCAGAACCCCCAUCUCUCCUCCAAGACCUUAAGGUUACCGUCCACAGUUCCUCCCUAGUUUUUCCCUCCCAAGAAAAUGAGAGAAAAUCCAUGUUCUUAUCCAACAUAGACCAAGUUCUGAAUUUCAGCGUCGAAACAGUACAUUUCUUUCCAUCCAAGAAAGAAUUUCCUCCAGAAGUUGUAGCCGAGAAACUAAAGCACACAUUAGCAAAGGCACUGGUUCCAUACGAUUUCCUUGCUGGUAGAUUGAAUCUAAACCCGCAAACGGGUCGUCUCGAGAUUGAUUGCAACGCAGCUGGGGUCGGUUUUGUGGUUGCUUCUAGUGAGUAUACACUGGAUGAGAUUGGAGAUUUGGUUUACCCAAACCCAGCUUUUGCGCAACUAGUUUGCAAGACUUGGGGAUAUAUCUUGAAGCCAGAUGAUCAUCCACUUGGUAUUUUCCAGUUGACGUCAUUUAAGUGCGGUGGCUUUGCAAUGGGUAUCUCAACGAACCAUGCAACAUUUGAUGGCCUAAGCUUCAAACAUUUCUUGGAGAACCUGGCUUCCCUAGCUGCUGAUAAACCCUGCCUUGCUGUCAUCCCCUGCAAUGACCGUCAGUCCCUGGCUGCUCGAUCCCCACCGCAAGUCCCAUUCUCACACCCUGAGCUGCUCAAGAUUCCCCAUGGCCAGGAGUCCAACCUUUCUGUCUUUGAAGCCACCCAAGAAGAUCUUGCCUUUAACAUUUUCCGGUUGACCUCCGGUGAUAUUGCCAACCUCAAGGAGCAGGCCAAAGCCACCAGCGGUGCCGCCAUUAAUGCCAACACCCGUAUCACCGGCUUUAACGUCGUCUCCGCCCAUGUAUGGCGGUGCAAAGCAUUAUCCUGCGGCGCGGACAACAACAUGGAGAGGCUGUCCACCAUUCUUUAUGCUGUUGACAUAAGGCCAAGACUCAAGCCACCAUUGCCGUCAUCUUAUGCAGGGAACGCGGUGCUCACUGCAUAUGCGACAGCUCCAUGCAAGGAGCUAAGUGAAGGGCCAUUGGCAAAGCUUGUGGAUAUUGUUUCCGAAGGUGAAAGAAGGAUAACAGAUGAGUAUGCAAGGUCUGCCAUAGACUGGGGAGAGCUGUACAAAGGGUUUCCCCAUGGGGAGUUUUUGGUUUCAUCAUGGUGGAGAUUAGGGUUUGCUGAGGUGGAGUAUCCGUGGGGAAGGCCAAGGUACAGCUGUCCUAUUGUUUAUCACAGGAAGGACAUCAUUUUGCUGUUUCCUGAUAUCAAUGAAGGUGGAGAAAGAGGCAGUGGGGUCAACGUUUUGGUGGCUCUCCCUGCUGAGGAAAUGAAAAAGUUCCAAAGCCUCUUCCAUAAGUUAUUGUCAGGUUGAAGGAACUUUAUCAUACAUAGCUUGUACUCUUGGAUGUGUCUGAUUAAUUAAUGCGAGAGUGUUGUUCUUUAGUAUAUGUAUCUGGUAAUAUUUAAAGACGUUGCAAGCUAGGUGCAUGCAUGAUGUUUGGAAAGGACCAUAUAAUUUAAAUAUGUUAUGGAUUACUGAUUACGUCUAAA